CUAGCUAGCAACAAUCUAAAUAGAGAGCGAAUCGAGAGCGAGCCGGGAGUUCGAUUCCAAUCAAAGAACGCCACAUUUAUUUUGUUAAAAAACAAACUAGCACUAAUUAAAGAAAAAAAUGGGAAUCGAUUACUAUGGAAUGCUUGCCUUGACACGUUCGGCAAUAGAUGCAGACAUUAAAAAAGCAUACCGCAAGCUUGCUUUAAAAUAUCACCCAGACAGGAACCAAGAGACUAGUGCAUCAGAGAAAUUCAGACAAGUCUCAGAAGCGUAUGAUAUUCUCAGUGAUCCCAAGAAGAAAGCAGUCUAUGACCAAUUUGGUGAAGAAGGUUUGAAAAAUGGUGUACCUGCUGGUUCUAAUGAAGAUAGUGGAGCCUGGACGCAAGGCUACACAUUUCAUGGCGAUGCUAACAAAGUCUUCAUGGAUUUCUUUGGUGGAAACAACCCAUUCAGUGAAUUCCAUGAGGGUAUCGAUGGAGACUUGAGCAUGGGUUUUGGAGGUUUGUUAGGACGUGGUAGAAAGAAGCAGGAUCCUCCCAUUGAAAGAGACUUGGUUCUUUCUCUUGAAGAAAUAUUCCAUGGUUGCACUAAGAAAAUGAAGAUCUCUAGGAGGGUAAUGAAUGAGGAUGGUCACACAUCAAGUACAAGGGAUAAGAUUCUUACAAUUACUGUUCAUAAAGGCUGGAGAGAGGGAACACGUAUCACCUUUCCUAAGGAAGCUGAUCAGGGACCCAAUAUUGUACCUGCGGAUAUCAUCUUUAUUGUCAGAGAUAAACCUCAUCCUCGAUUCAAGCGUGAAGGUGAUGAUCUAGUCUAUGUCUCCAGGGUUCUUCUUGGAAAAGCUCUGACUGGAUGCAGUGUAGAAGUACCAACCCUGGAUGGGAGGUUGCUGAAUGUUCCCAUCAAUGACAUUAUUAGCCCUGGUUACAGGAAGGUUGUUCCUGGAGAAGGGAUGCCAAUCUCAAAGAACCCUGAACUGAAAGGCAAUCUCAUCAUCACUUUUGAUAUUGAAUUUCCACGGCAACUGACUCCAGGCAAGAAACAGCUCAUUAAAGAUGCUCUCUUAUAAUUGGACCUACACACAAGAUUCUGACAGUCCAAGAAAUUCUGGAAGAUAAAAUGACUCUAUUAAAGUAAAACGUAGCUUUGCAUCAAAGGAAAGUGUCAUAUUACGUUAAUUUAGAGUCAGGAAGUCUUUAACUUUGUAAAAAAAAGAGAAAUGAAAAGUCAUCUUCUGGCUUACAUUACAAUUGCAUUUAGACAUUACAAUAGUUAGAUUUCAGAUCAGAUCGUAUGAUGACAUCAUGUACUGAUCCUAUGGGAAAUUGGAAUAUCAGUAG